GCGGCUGUCCCGAGGCGCCCGGCUGAGGUUGCUGUGACCUUUGAGGAUGUCGCCGUGUAUUUCUCCACGACAGAAUGGCUCCUCCUCGAUGAGGUUCAGAGAUGCCUGUAUCUCGAUGUGAUGCUGGAGAACUUUGCUCUCAUAUCUUCCCUGGGUUGCUGCUGUGGAGCAGAGGAUGUGGAGGCUCCCAGUGAACAAAACUUACCUGUAAGAGUCUCGCAGGCUAAGAAUCCCAAGGCAGCUCUGACCUCCCAGAAGAGCCAUCCCUGUGAGAGUUGUGGCCGUGUCUUGAGAGACAUUUUCCUCUUGGUUGACGAGCAGGAAGCGCAAAAGAGGCGCACACUGCUGAGGUGUGGGGCAUGUGCAAAACCAUUUUAUUUCAUUGCAAGGAGCCACCAGCACCAGGAGCAGGACACGGCAGAGAAUGGUUUCAUGAGCAGUGCGGACAUGGUCUCAGUUGCAAGGAGCUGCAAUUCCCAUGUGUCACAGAAGUCUUGCACCUCUAGUCAGGUUGGGAAGUGCUUGCUCAUCAGCUCAGGACAUCUUGAGAAACCGGCUACUCACACCAUGCACGGGUCAAAGGAACUCUCCGAGUCUGGAAUGACUUUUGAAAGGAAACAACAUUAUUACAACCCCAGAGAAUGCAAGAAAGCCACUGGCUGUGAUGACACACUUGUCGAGGACCAUGAUUUCUGUACAGGAGGACCGUGUUGUGUGUGUAGUGAAUGUGGAAAAUCUUGUACCGAUAAUUUGGCCCUCUGUGUUCCUAACAGCGUUUUGACUGGAGAAAAGCCUUAUGAGUUUGUGGAAUAUGGGAAAUCUUUUACCAGUAGCUCUGCCCUCCUUGACAGUCAGAGACGUCUCAUUGGAGAAAAGUGUUAUGAGUGUGGUGAAUGCGGGAAGUCUUUUAAGAGGAAAUACGACUUUAAAUGUCACCAGAGAGUGCACACUGGGGAGAGGCCUUAUAAGUGCAAUGAAUGUGGAAAGUUUUUUGCAAGUAGCUCUGCCCUUUGUUAUCAUCAGCGAGUUCACACUGGAGAAAGGCCUUAUGAGUGCAGUGAAUGUGGGAAAUCUUUUACCAGUAGCUCUGCCCUCCGUUACCAUCAGCGAGUUCACACUGGAGAAAGGCCUUAUGAGUGCAGUGAAUGUGGGAAACAUUUUACCAGUAGCUCUGCUUUCCGUUACCAUCAGCGAGUUCACACUGGGGAAAAGCCCUAUGAGUGCCAAGAAUGUGGGAAAUCUUUCACGAGCAGCUCUGCUCUCCAUGACCAUCUGAGAGUUCACACUGGAGAAAGGCCUUAUGAGUGUAGGGAAUGUGGGAAAUCUUUUGUAAGUAGCGCCUCCCUCCAUGAUCAUCAGAGAGUUCACACUGGAGAAAAGCCAUUUGAGUGCGGUGACUGUGGGAAAUCUUUCAGGAGGAUAUAUUACUUUAAUUGUCAUCGGAGAGUUCACACUGGAGAAAGGCCUUAUGAGUGUAGGGAAUGUGGGAAGUCUUUUAUCAGGAGCUCUGCCCUCCGCGAUCAUCAGCAAGUUCACACUACAGAAAAGCCCUAUGAGUGUGGUGAUUGUGGGAAAUCUUUUAGAAGGAAGUAUCACUUUAAUUGUCAUCAGAGAGUUCACACUGGAGAAAGGCCGUAUAAGUGUACGGAAUGUGGGAAAUCUUUUACCUGCAGUUCGUACCUUAUUUGUCAUCGGCGAGUUCAUACUGGAGAAAAACCUUAUGAGUGCACCACAUGUGGGAAGUCUUUUACCUGUAGCUCUUACCUUAUUUGUCAUCAGAGAGUUCACGCCGGAGAAAAGCCUUAUGAGUGCAGUGAAUGUGGGAAAUCUUUUAAGAGGAAAGAAAACUUUAAUUCUCACCAGAAACUUCACACUGGCGAAAGGCCUUUUCAGUGCAGUGAAUGCGGGAAGUCUUUUACCAUGAGCUCUGCCCUUCGUAAGCAUUGUAGAAUUCACACUGGGAAAAGACCUUACGAGUGUGGGGAAUGUGGGAAAUGUUUUGCCUAUAGCACUGACCUCCGGUGUCACCUGAGAGUUCACACGGGAGAAAGGCCUUAUGAGUGUGGUGUAUGUGGGAAAUGUUUUACGAGUAACUCUGUUCUUCGUAUUCAUCACAGAGUUCACACUGGUGAAAAGCCUUAUGAGUGCAGUGAAUGUGGGAAAUCGUUUUCCAGUAGGAAUGGUUUUCGUUGUCAUCAGCGAGUUCACACUGGAGAAAGACCUUAUGAGUGCAGUGAAUGUAAGAAAUGUUUUAGACAAAGCUCCUCCCUUAUUCAACACUAUAGAGUUCAUUCUGGAGAAAAAUCGUAUGAGUGCAGUUAAUGUGGAAAAACAUGAGUAGCCCUCCAUUUGUCAUCAUGGCAGUGUUCACACUGGAUGGAGGCUUUUUGAGUGCACUGGAGUUCAGGAAUCUUACCAGUAACUGCUGAUAUUCUCUUAUUUCA